AAACACCAGGAAAGAAGAGUUCACGGGGACAAACUUUAGGCUUGUUGUUAGCUUCACAUUUAAGCAGUGGUUUAUUAAGAAUACUACUGGUGACAAUUACACAAUUAGGGUUGGUUUGGAGGAGCGAAAGAAGAAAACGCUUAGUGGGGAAAAAAUCAACUCAUUUGGGCCAGAGGCCGACUGGCAACGGCGACUUCCUGGUUCGCGCAGGUACUCUCGCCAUGGCGGUGACGCCGCGACGUGUCCGCCUGAAGCCGUGGCUGGUCUCCCAGGUGGACAGCGGGAGAUAUCCCGGCCUGGAGUGGAUCGACCGUGACGCCAUGCGCUUUAGGAUCCCGUGGAAGCACGCCACGCGUCACACGCCCCAACACGAGGACGAGGACACAAUAUUCAAGGCGUGGGCUGUGGAGACGGGGAAAUUCCAAGAAGGGUCUGAUGAACCCGAUCCUGCCAAGUGGAAAGCUCAGCUCCGAUGUGCGCUAAACAAAAGCCGGGAAUUCAACCUCAUCUACGACGGAACCAAAGAGGUCCCGAUGAAUCCUUUAAAGAUAUAUGACGUUUGUGACAUCCUACAACCCUUAAGCAACCCAGGUUCUUCGGAUGCUGGUUCUUGGACUCCAGGUGAGGAAGAUGGCGCGGAAGAGGACAUUCCAGACACACCAGAAUCUCUCCCUCCAUACCCAUCCAAUGGCACAAGUCCUCCUCCUCUCAACUUGUGGUCUCCUAUGGGCUCUGAGUCCUCCAUGCCGCCUGCAAGUUGUCCCCAAUCUAUUAAAGCGUGGCCCAAAGAGGAACCGAUUAAAGUCUGGCCAAAACAGGAGCCUGCGGAUGUGGAGAUGCAACCCACGCCACUGGCUGAAAUGCCCUCCGCCGCCGCUCUGGCUGACGCCUCGAUGCAGGGGCCUACUCUUACCGACACUUUAUUUGCUUCUCCGGAGAUGUGGAUCAGCUCCCUACCAAUGACCGACCUGGAGGUGCAGUUCCUGUACCGAGGGAGGGAGAUGUGUCCUACCAUCACCGUCAGCAACCCUCAGGGUUGCAGGCUCUUCUACGGCGACCUCGGACCCAUGGUCAACCAGGAGGAGCUGUUCGGACCGGUCAGCCUGGAACAGCUGCGCUUCCCCACCACGGAGAACAUCACCAACGACAAGCAGAGACUCUUCACAAACCGCCUGCUGGACGUGAUGGACCGAGGUCUGAUCUUGGAGGUGAGCGGCCACGAUAUCUACGCCGUCCGUCUGUGCCAGUGCAAGGUGUAUUGGUCCGGCCCCUGUGCGCCAAAUGCCUCCACGCCAAAUCCUAUUGAGCGGCAGACAAAGGUCAAACUGUUUUGCCUGGAGUCCUUUCUCAGUGGUGUGAUCGCCCACCAGCGCGGCCAAACCCCGAAUCCCCCGCAAUUUGAAAUCAGCCUAUGUUUUGGGGAGGAGUGGCCGGAUGGACGGCCAACGGAGAGGAAACUUAUCAUGGUUCAGAUCAUUCCCGUGGUGGCUCGCAUGAUCACGGAAAUGUUUUCCGGAGACAACACGCGAUCCUUUGACAGCGGAAGCGUGCGCCUCCAGAUCUCCAUCCCCGAUAUUAAAGACAACAUAGUGACCCAUCUGAAACAGCUUUACUGCCUGCUGCACACCAACCAGGGCCAGGACGGCUGGGUUUUGCCUCCUGGCUCGGGCUUGAACCUCGUCCACACUCUGCAAGGCCAGUGAGCACCCUGACGGGCAACGGCAGGCACGGGUCCAAUUUAGAGCUUGAUUACACAUCCUGCUAGCAAAGACGUUACUCAUUAAGUCCUAUUUAAAAGUCCCAUCACUAUCUCUCUAUAAUUUCGCGAUGGUGUGUUUUUAUUUUACUUUUAGUCGCUUCUCGUGCUCUGCUUCUCUGUACAGCGUGUGUGUAUGUGUGUGCAGGAGCACGAUAUGGACGGGCCAAAGUCCUGCUUGCCGCUAAAGAUAGUUUCGCAUAGUUAAUGACUUACAGAGAUUGCCCUGUGUAUCCUAAACAUGUCAGCAAGUAGCCAAAUUCUGCCGUUUUUACGACACAACUUUGAAAGCAUCACAUCAAGCUUGUGACUUAAACAAUUGGGAGAAUUUUCUUUUGUACGCCUCCCCAAAAAUCCUCCAUUCAACCAUGCUUGGAAGUCACAUUGAGCAAAUGUAGACAGAAAUGUGCUCGUCUUUGAGCUGUGCUUCAGUUUUGUCAUCUAUUGUGCCAUUUAGAGUGAGUGUAUAUACACACAUAUAUUUUUAAUCCACUAAUUGUAUGCAAAUCUUUGAAUAACCAUUGUUCAGGUUCAUGGAUCUGUUUUGAGAUGGAUGCUCCUGCACUUGGGGGUGCUGAGUUGUGUUUUGUGGUGUCUUUUACUCUGAUUUUAUGUAAAAUAAAAAUGUCACACGAG